UGACCGUUAGGCUACUAACAGUUUUCACUUGUCAUUGAGCAUGAGCUGAGGCGCGCUGCUAUUUGAAGAUAGCACGACUAUCGUUUCAUCGACUUGCCAUUUAUUUUAAACACUGCUAUUUGCUUUAUAGCACUUGUUCCACACAAAUUUCCCUCAUUACUCAGAAGAGCGAUAUAAAAACCGAGAUGGCGGAGGCUCAGGCCUUUGUGACCCUGGCCACCACAGAUUCCUAUAGCAUGGGAUGUUUAGUGGUAGGCAAAAGUUUGCGCAGGCAUGGAACAUCAAGGAAGUUAGUGGCUAUGGUUUCCCCCAAUGUUUCCAGAGCAUCAAGGUGAGAGGAUUGGCCCUGGACGACGUGUUUGAUGAAGUUGUAGUGGUAGAUGUGUUGGACAGUAGAGACAAGACUCAUCUCACCUGGCUGCAACGUCCUGAACUGGGGGUCACCUUCACCAAACUCCACUGCUGGACCCUUACACAGUACAGCAAGUGUGUGUUCUUGGAUGCAGACACACUUGUACUGUGUAAUGUUGAUGAGCUGUUUGAAUAUGAAGAAUUGUCUGCUGCUCCUGAUCCAGGCUGGCCGGAUUGCUUCAACUCUGGGGUAUUUGUGUUUAGGCCCUCCCUGAAUACCCAUACCCAAAUACUGGAACACGCUGCACAGCACGGCAGCUUUGAUGGAGGAGACCAGGGCGUUUUAAACACUUUCUUCAGUGACUGGGCAGUAAAAGAUAUCAGAAAGCAUUUACCAUUUGUGUACAACCUCACAGCCGGUGCCAUUUACACGUAUCUACCAGCAUUUCAGCAGUAUGGCCACCAUGCAAAAAUUGUCCACUUCCUGGGUGGGACUAAGCCCUGGCACCUUUCAUAUGAUCCACAGGCUGCCAAUGAGUCAUCUUUAAGGGAUUCCAGCAAGAACUUUCAGCAAUUUAUGAAUUUAUGGUGGGUGGAGUACUACGAUCAAAGACAGCUACAAUUUAAGAAGGAUGACAAGAAUGAAGACUAUUCAGCACAGCAGUUGGUUUCUCCACAGACACAUCAGACUCCAUCACAAAGCCAAAAGAGCAGCACUGAAGCCCACCACAAAGAGAUGAUGAUGCCCUCUCUACCUCUGACUUUGGACUCACUAACAAUCAGCUCUAGCUCAUCUGAAAAGUCAGAGGAAUCGAAUAUUCUCUUUGAUGUCCUGUCUGGUGGGGAGACUGAAGAGACCCCUACUGUAGUCAGCCCUCCAUCUAAGCAAGAGAGUGAGCGCACAGAACCAGAGACUACUGAUGAUUCUGCCACAGCCACUGGAGAAGCUGCUGCUGCUGAGACAGAGGUGGAUGACCUGGAGCAUCGACGCAUGUGGGAGGAAGGUCGUGCUGAUUAUAUGGGUAAAGACGCCUUUAACAACAUCAUGAGGAAACUUGACCAGUUCCUUGAUUAAUUGUGUGUGUAUGUGAUGCAUGUGUUUAUGAGAUUAUAUAAAACACUAUCUCUAUAUAGUUUUGUUUGUACAGUAUAUCCGUCAUCAUCACAACUGUUACAUUUCCCCCUCCUCAAAUAUAGCUGUUUUUUUUCUCCUCUGUUGUGUAUUUGCCACAAUCACUGGAUCAUAUCAAAAAUACUCUGAAAAAGGUCUCAUAUAAAUGUAAACAUCUAGAUGUAAAAAGCUAGUAAUUCAGUUUGUGUAUUAUGAACCUACACGUGAUAAGAUCUAUCUGUAUGAUUUAGCCUUUGCUGUGAUAUUUUGUUUGCAGUUUUCUUAAAGAAUUUACUGUAAAUAUGCUCUAUAGCUGUUAAGGGAGACAUUUUGACUUACUGUUUCAAAUCAGUUAUUUAAGUAUUAAUCAAUGAUUAUUAAAUCAUGAGAAAAGAACUGAGAGAAUGAUUUAGUAUUUAUUGUCAAUGUCCAACAAAAAUCAUGUAACAAAUCCUUCAACCAAGAGGAAAUGCGCCUAACAAACAAUGGUCUUCAACAAGUCUUUCUUUGCAGUGCCCAACAGCAAAAUUGCCAUUUUUUGCCACUAGAGGUCAGUCUAUAAACACUCUAGCUUUAACACCUCCACAAACUCCACUGGCAGAGAAUAACAGUCUGAGUUGGAAAAUGUUUCAAAAGACGAUGAAAUACAAUCAUAAAGGUAUUAUACCUCAGAGUUUUAUAAAACAUAUUUGUCUCUCUCCAGAGAUGAUUAACACAACCCUGUCUCCAAAUGUUAUCUGCCAGACACCACAAACUUUUAUAGUAAGCAAACUUAGAGGCCAGACAAAGUCAAAGUCAGUUCUAUGAUGGAACCUUGUUUUUAAACCCCUGUUCCACAUGUUUUAAUAUUAGAUCCAUUUAUUACCCUCUGGCUCUGCCUUGUUAACACGAUAGCUCUUUGAAGUCAUGAACUAUUUAUGCUUAUGUUACUCAGUCAAUUAGAGAGCAUCUUUAAUUUGAUUUGGUUCAAUAAAUCAUGCCAUUCUCAGUAUAUUGAGGUCCUCCCUUCUGAAAGAUCUCUCUCUCUCUCUCUCUCUCUCUCUCUCUCUCUCUUCAUGUGUUCUAAACUGAGCACAAGAGAGAUCUAAGUGAACUCUAAAUGUGUAUUUUAACCGUACUUUUGUGUCCAUCAACAUAUGGCACUGGACAAAAACGCUUUCACUAUUUUUAACAGUUUAGCAAUCUGAAAGAUUGCCUGUGCUGUGUCUCACGGUCUGGUACAUACCCAUGUACCACGAAGCGAAGUAAACAGUGCUGCCAUAACGUGUUUCAGACUCAUGAGUGAAUCCAAUAAGGAUUAUUUGACCUCUUCCACGUUCUGUGGUUUUGUUGUUGGGAUCAACAGUUUUUCCUGCUUUCCACACAGUUUUGUGUUACUUCAAUAUGAAUAAUUCUGCUGUAGUUAGUAAGUGUGACUAAGUGUGAAUUUGAUGAACGCUAUGCAUGGUAACAAACAUAGGUGUACCACAUAGUGAGCAGAGGCUAGAGAGUGAUCAUAUUAAAAAAAUACCAUCAUGUUGCUUCAUAUUGUUAGGCACAAAUGUUGUAUUUGAAGAAUAUACAUAUACAUAUUUAUAUUUAAUAGCAGAUUGCAAAAGCCUUUGAUGGCCUUUGUUUAUGCAGAUUGUUAAAAUCAUCAUAUUUUUAUGGGACGUCCACCCAAAGGCAGGAUAAUGGACCAAGAUGGUGCUUGUUGUAAACAUACAAUCUAAAAAGGAAUCACCCCCUUGAAUCUCUGAUGUUUUAUUUCUCUGUAACACAUUCUCAUUACAGUGCAAUAACUCCCCCAGAGGAAAUUCUCUUUUCAUCACUCUCCUGACAAAACCUUUGCCUCUGAUUUCUAACCCAUUUCUCUAAAGCGCAGAAGGGCAU